AUGGAAGAAAAUGAUCAGAAUAACCAUCCAGUGGACAAUCAGGAGUCGAGCAACGAGUCUAACCGAGCCAUCAUGCCGCUUCUUCAGGCGCCGGGCAACCAGCUCCCUCACCGGAUCACUAACUUUUUCAUCGACAACAUCUUGCGGCCGGACUUCGGAAAAAGGAAAGACGGCCACCGCGAUCAGAACCACGUCCCUGGGAGAGAGAACGUCAGCCCGUUGGCGGUGGUGUCCGGGCAGAGCGGAGGCACUCCACCUAGCCCGUCUGCCCCGGCCAAGAAACGAGAUGUGGCGGGAGAAGGAGCGCUGAGGAACGGCGAGAGCGCCGAGCAGUCCCAAAGCUCGGAUUCCGACAGCUCCCACAGCAGCACCAACGCAGUUUCCCAACCCAUGCUCUGGCCUGCCUGGGUUUACUGCACUAGAUACUCGGACAGGCCUUCUUCAGGUCCCAGGUCCCGUAAACCAAAGAAAAAGACUCCCAAUAAAGAGGACAAGCGACCGAGGACAGCGUUCACUGCCGAACAAUUGCAGAGACUGAAAGCCGAGUUUCAGACUAACCGCUACCUAACCGAACAACGCCGGCAGAGCUUGGCUCACGAACUCAGUCUCAACGAAUCCCAAAUCAAAAUCUGGUUUCAGAAUAAGCGAGCCAAAAUCAAGAAAGCUAGCGGAUCAAAGAACACACUGGCACUCCAUUUAAUGGCGCAAGGACUUUAUAACCAUUCCAGCACGGGGAAAGAAGACAAGGAAGAAAGUGAAUAG